UGCUUAUAACCUAUGCCUGGGUCAGCUUUCUCCAAACUCAUGGGGAGGAAUCUUGGCGGUUCAGGUAAUAUGUGACAUCAUCGGCGUUAGGCCGACCCUCACGCUCUGGCGCCAUUUGUACAAGCUUUUUGAAAUGCCAGCGGGGGAUCACGGACCUGGGUGGUGGUGUUUCCAAGCUCGGCGAGGCUACCGAACCGUUCUUGACUUACCCACUUCUCAAAAGGGGUUUCGCCGGUGCUUUGCCUUCGUCUACUAUGGGGGAGAAUGGGGCAUCCCGAUCGUGCCUCCAUCUGACGACCCAAAUCACUGCUUCAAUUUCAAAGUGCCCGAGUUGUCGGAAGACGAAGCCGUGGCUGCUAUAUACAUGCAGUUAGAGGCUAAAAUAGUGGACGGCGGCGAAGUUUUUGUAGCGGGGAACUGGCUCCCGAGCUGCAAGUUCUUUAAAGAUGAGCACUUCCUGGCCGCGUUUGGUCUGAGCCCGGCUUUUCCCAAGGGUAAUUCGGCAACAAGGGGGUCCGGUUGACUUGUUUUUGCUUUAUUUGCUAUAUUUUGCUAACUGUUUGUCUUUUUACAGAGGCUUCUCUUGCUUACAUAAAGGAAACAGACCCGGACAUGGCCGAACGACUACCUCCGCCGCUCUGAAGGCUGCUCGGAUUAGGGCCGAGAUGAAGGCGAAUAAAAUUAACAAGCCUUCUAAGCCAAAGGAUCCUUCCAAUCCCAAGCCGAGAAAGCGCAAGGAGCGCACUGAAGAGAGGGUGGAGAUGACAGAGAAGGCUUUGGCGAAGGCCCGAGCCGAGAAGGAGGCCUCGGCCAAGAAGGCAAGGCAAGAGCCUUCCGUUGAGGUGAACAGCCCCCGCCCGGCUUCUGGGGACGAGGGGACACACAUUUCCCUUCACCCAGAGGAUUUCGAGCCGGUGCGAAGUCCAAGCCAUGUACAGGGGACCUCGCACACCGAGCAGACCUUAUCCGAGGCGCCGGUCCCCUUUACCCAAAUGUCCAAGACGGACAAGAAAGAACGGAUUGCCAGUGCCCUGGAAAUACUGUUACCCAAACCGACCGAGAUCAUAUCAACGCGGUGA